AUGGCACCCACCAAGCCAUUUCGGCAGAUCCGCGCAGCUUGCCGACCAGCCAAGACAAACCACACGACCGAAAGUCCAGCGUCCGGCAGCGACGACAAUGACGAUCUUAUCACGAUAUACCAGGCUUACAACGCUGCCAUCGCCACCGCCGCGUGCGCCGCGCAGAGGCUCGACGCCUCGCCGCUGUUCAAGCUGACGCGGAUGACCUGGAUCAAGCCGAGCUGGUGCUGGAUGAUGUACCGCGCUGGGUACUCGUACAAGGACGCGAACCAGGCGCGCAUCCUCGCGCUGCGCAUGCGCAAGGGCGACCUCUGGACCCUGCUGAGGAUGGCGGAGCUGACCACGCAUGCUCCGCGGUCUCCGCCCGGAACGUCAGCACCCUCCGCAGACAAGCCCAAGUCGGAAAAAGUCAAAGUCCAGUGGGAUCCCGAGCGCGACGCGCGCCUUGAGAAGCUGGACUACCGCAGCAUCCAGAUCGGGAUCCCGGCCGGGGUGGCGGCGCGCUGGAUAAGCGAGUGGAUCGUCGACAUCACGGACGUGACGGACACGGCGCGAGAGUUGAAACAGGUGCUGGACGGAGAGCCCGGCAUCAUGGACGAGGAGCUGGCAGAGCGAGGCUUGUACCCUGUCGAGGAGGAGAUUGUUGUCCCGGAUGAUUUGCGGGUUAUUUUGCGGAUGGAUUCGUCGUGA